AUUUGUGAUAAAAACCCUAUUUUUUAGACGUUCCCUUUCUUUUCUUCGUUUUUUGGCCCGGAAGGGACGACCUCUGCACUCCGUAACCGGCGUUCGUUUUCCAGAUGCCCUUCUAGGGUUCUCAAAGCUCUUAAUCUUUCAGAAUUCUCUUGUUUCAGUUCAUCUUGCAAAUACCCAUAUGACCAGGACCAGCAGAAAACGACGCCAUGGUUACCCACCUCCUCCCCCCUCUUCUUCUUCAAACCCAAAUCGCCAUAAACACCAACCCACCAAGAAACUCCACUCUUCCCCAAACCCAAUUCGGAAAAACCACAAUUCUUCAACCCCAAUUCAGAAAAACCACUUGUCCUCAACCCCAAUCCCUUUGCCCCUAAACCCAGUUCCCCAAACCCCCAUGCCUAAGCGCCCAACCUUUGCCUCAUACCUUGACACACCCAAUCUACCUCCCAAGAUCAGACUCCUCUGUGAAAUAGUGGCCAAUACCCACACUCUUUCUGUUGAGGAACGCCUGGCAGAGACUGGUGUUAGAGUGACCCAAGACGACGUUGAAGAGGUCCUCAAACUCUCUUACGCUUUUCCGGGUCCCGCCGUGAAGUUCUUUAGGUGGGCUGGUCACCAUCUCAAUGACUACCACAGCCCCUAUGCGUGGAACUUGGUUGUUGAUCUUCUGGGCAAGAAUUGCUUCUUUGAUGCGAUGUGGGACGCCAUAAAGUCCAUGAGAAAAGAAAGGUUACUCUCUUUGGCCACUUUUGCUUCUGUUUUUAGUAGUUAUGUAGUUGCCAAUCGUGUCCAGGAGGCUUUUAUGACUUUUGAGGUUAUGAGCGAAUAUGGAUGCCCUAGAGAUAUUGUGGCAUUGAAUUCCCUUUUGAGUGCAAUUUGUAGAGAUGGGAAGACUUCAGAUGCCGUUGAUUUUUUGCGUAUUGCUAAGGAUAAGAUUAAGCCAGACCCUGAUACGUAUGCGAUUUUGUUGGAGGGGUGGGAAAAUGAAGGCAAUGUAGCUUGUGCUAGGCAGGUUUUCUCUGAGAUGGUGAUUGAGAUUGGUUGGGACCCGAGCAAUGUGCCAGCUUAUGAUUCAUUCUUGAAUACUUUGCUUAAGGGGCCUGAUGGGAUCCGUGAAGCAGUGAAGUUCUUUGAGACCUUAAAAGAUAGGAGGUGUUAUCCGGGGGUCAAGUUUUUCAGAUUUGCGCUUGAUGAGUGUGUCAAGAAUAGCGAUUCUCGGGGAGCUGAGGCUCUUUGGCAGGCAAUGGUAGGGAUAAUUGGUUUCCAACCUGAUACAAAUAUGUGUAAUUUGAUGAUUUCUUUACAUUGUCGUGAAGGAAAUCCAGAUUUAGCAAAGAGAAUGUUGGAUGAUAUGGUGUACAAUGGGGCAUUUCCGAAUUCACAAACAUAUGACAUGUUGUUUAAGUCGUUGAUCAAGAAUAGGAAGUUGAAGGAGGCAUCGACUUUGUUUACUGAGAUGGUUAAAAAUGAGUGUGUUCCAGAGCAUGCUAAUUGUAAUAUGGCAGUAAGGACUUUCCUUGAUUUUGGGGAUCCUUAUUUUGCUAUAAAAGUUUGGAAGUGCAUGCUAGAGAAUUACCAUUCUGGCUUGGAGGAUACUGGGAAUUUGUUGGUUGUAGGGCUCGGCAAUCUGAAUAGGGUCCCAGAAGCAGUUAAGUACGCAGAGGAUAUGAUUGUAAGAGGAAUCAAAUUGGAAUUUUCCACAUUGUCAAAGCUGAAGCAGAACCUCGUCCAAGCAAGGAAGGAAUACUUGUAUGAUGAACUUUUUAGAAAGUGGAAAGCUCAAUAGGUAGGUUAGAAGUACUUAGAAUUAUACAUCUUUUUGACAGUUAGCCUUGUGUAUAACUUGCACAUUUUGUUCGCUGUGAAAACAAGUGAAACUGCAUAUUGUCAUAAA